AUGGCGGUCAAUGAGGAAGACGAAGAUUCUCCAUUCCCAGAAGUGCGAGCUUCUGUAUCCAACAUUGAUGAUCCGACGAUGCCUGUUGUUACCUUCCGUGUUAUUGUUAUCUCGUUCUUUUUCUCAAUAUUGAUCAGCGUUGUCAUGGUAGUAGUGUACCCUCUCGGUAAGCUGCUGGCAGCUAUAUUGCCGACGCAUGAGUAUUACUUGCCUUCCUGGCUUGGCGGCUACGCAUUCUCGCUCAAUCCUGGACCAUUCAAUAUCAAGGAGCACACACUUAUUGCAGCCGCUACCACCAUUGCUGUAAACCCUAGCUAUAUGCUUCACUAUCUGAUGGCAAAAGAGGUUUUCCUUGAAACUAGCAAAGAAAAUACAGUAUGUUACUUUGGCUCGCCUUUGGUGGUUCCUUGGUGGUGUACUUGCAACAUGAUCCUAGGUUUUGUCGUGAUGGCCUGGAUUGUGAUGCCGGCCAUGUACUUUACCAACGUUUGGCAACUGGGCUAUUUUCCGUUUACUAGCAUUAGUAUCUGGGACAAGUAUGGCCAUGAGUACCAGGUGCAGCGGGUGCUCGACUUUCCCACGGGCACCUUUAAUCCUGCCAAAUACGAAGCAUACUCACCCGUGAUGCUCUCGCUGGGAUUCAUCAUAUCCUACUUUUGUGGGUUUGCAAACCUUGCAGCGCUUUUGUUUCAUACGCUCUUCAACCACAAUAAGGACAUUUGGCAGGCAUUUCAGACGAUGAGCGCCGGGAAGAUGGACAUCCAUGCGAAAUUGAUGCAAAAGUACAAGUCCGUCCCAUCGUGGUGGUAUACGGCCAUGUUUGUCAUGGGCUUCUGUAUUCUCUUGAUUGCAGAUGAUCAUUCCACUCAGAAAUUGUCAGCAACAGCGCUGAUUGUGGGUAUACUCAUCACCAUCUUGUAUCUACUUCCCUCCGGCUACGUACUUGCACAGACUGGCCAAUUGAUUGGAAAUAACAUUUUUGCUGAUUUGGUGGGUGGCUAUCUGCUGUCGCAGCAGCAACAAAACUUUAUGGCAUUUAAGGCGCUUACAGUCCAAGCGCUCAUUGGUGCCCUACAGGUGACGGCGAACAUGAAGCUAGGGCACUAUAUGAAAAUUCCGCCGCGGACCAUGGUGGUUGUCCAGCUCAUUAGCGUGCUGGUCGUGUCCUGUGCACAGGUGGCGGUCAAAACACUUAUGGUCGUCACAGUCUCUGACCUAUGCUCGAGCACUCAGAGUCUAGGGCUCCAAUGUAUUAUGGCAAAUGCCUACAACAGCUCAGCUCUCUUGUGGAGUGCGGUGGGACCGCACUACAUCUUCUUUUCCCAGUCCUUCCAGUUCGUGCUGUGGGGCCUUCUUGUGGGGGCCCUUGUGCCAGCCAUUGUCUGGUUGAUGUAUAAGUGGACUAAAGCCCGCUGGUUGCUGUAUAUUAAUGCCCCAUUGAUUUUUACCUCGAUGACGAAUGCCCCGGCCUCCAUGAGCAUCAAUUUCACUUGCUGGUUUGUGGUUUCGUUUAUUUUCCAGUAUUGGAUGCGAAAGCACCGCUUCCACUGGUGGUCCAAGUACAACUUUGUGACAGCCGACGCAUUGGAUUUGGGCACCGUGGUAUCGGAGCUCUUGAUCUUUCUUGCGAUCCGGUUGCCGCUUCACGUCAGCCCCGUAAUUAAUUGGUGGGGAAAUCGCGUGGUUUUCCAAAAUGCAGACAUUAUGCGGAAGCCAUGGUUGUCCAUGCCGACAAAUGGUAUCAGCAUCAAAAAUCAAGGCUCAUAA